AUGGCAGAAAAAGAAAUUGCAAUUGCAUUUCCGACAUUCUACCUGGGCUCGCGGUCGAACCGAGAACGGUGUCGUCUUGCGUCGGAGCUACGGUCUUCUCGGCGUGACAUGACUGAUAGUUUAGUAGAUAUCUUAACCCCACUGACCAGCGGCGGCGAAGGGGCUGAGGUGACUUCGAUCUGCGGCGGGAGGAGGGUAUUUCGAGGUCCAAUGGAAGAAGAUGGAACCAAUUUAUCGGGUCAGCUCACGACCCAAUAUCUCAUCGGGUCAUCUGUUUUGGGUCGGGACAAGCUCCGGUGCCCACGACCGGGACCCGACCAACGUCUCCAAAAUGCACUUUCCACGAGUUCUCAAUUCCAACUUUUGGAAACCCGAUCCCGAUCCGCAUGCCCCGACGAAAUUCCCGUCUCAGCUUCUUCUCAGUUUUUUGCCACUGUUGACAUUCGUGACCCGGUUUUCGCAUUCAUGCAGAACCUUUUGAAGGACCACAUAUGGAUAUAA